AUCCCGGAUAGGUCGAUUGGCAAUAGGCGCUCGCCCCGCCUCCAGUUCGGCUUUCCAUUGGAUCCCCUGCCGCGCUGACAGCUGCGCCUGCGCAUCAAUUUGGACCGGGCCGGGCCGGACCGGAGCCCGCGGAGCCGGAGGCAGACGGUGGCUGCCUGGGGACACGUGUGGCCAUGGGCCUGACGACCAGCGCGGAGCAGCCCGAGGGCGGCGCGGAGGGAUUCCACCUGCACGGGGUUCAGGAGAACUCUCCAGCUCAGCAGGCCGGCUUGGAGCCGUUCUUUGAUUUCAUCAUCACCAUUGGCCAUUCGAGGCUGAACAAGGAGAGCAGCACGCUGAAGGACCUGCUGAAGGCCAACAUGGAGAAGCCGGUGAAGCUGGAGGUGUACAGCAUCAAGACCCUGCGGGUGCGCGAGGUGGAGGUGGUGCCCAGCAACAUGUGGGGAGGCCAGGGCCUGCUGGGGGCCAGCGUGCGCUUCUGCAGCUUCCAGAGGGCCAACGAGCACGUGUGGCAUGUUCUGGACGUGGAGCCUUCAUCCCCUGCAGCCCUGGCUGGGCUUCAGCCGUACACCGACUAUGUGGUUGGCUCUGACCAGAUUCUUCAGGAGUCAGAGGACUUCUUCACACUCAUCGAAUCCCACGAGGGGAAGCCCUUGAAGCUGAUGGUUUAUAACUCUGAGACCGACUUGUGCCGUGAGGUGGUUGUGACUCCCAAUGGCGCCUGGGGUGGAGAAGGAAGUCUAGGAUGUGGAAUUGGAUAUGGGUAUUUGCACCGAAUCCCGACUGUCAGCCCAAAGAAGCCGCUGGACGCCGCUCCACCUGUGGCCCUCCCCACUGAAACCCUGUUGUCCAGCCCAGGCCAGGGAGGCUACACAGAGGCUUCGCUACAGGCACCGGAUUCCCCAUUUGAUGGGGCUAUGGAUGUCCCUGAUGUGGACCAAUCCUCAGCCUCAAGGAGGGAUGCUUAUUCUGUGGAGACAUCGCUUCAGCCACCUCCCCCUGUCCAGAGAGUAAUGGACCCAGGGUUUCUGGAUGUUUCAGGUAUUGCCCUUUUGGACACCACUGAUGUCACACCCCUGCCCAACACAACUUCCUCUGUCUCCCUCCACUCUUUGGAGGAGUCUGUGAUGGGAACUGAGGAUGCCCUCCCCAGCAGAGAGCCACUUGCAUACAAAGAUGAAGUCACAGGGUUUGGGUCGGAUCGUGAGGACUCUGACCUGGAUGGCUCAGGGCCACAUUUGCAGCAGACGGAUCCUGGCUCACCUAUGACCCUUCCCAAUGACAUCUGCUCCAAGGCAGCGCUUGAGACCAGUGAAGCCCCCAACCUUCUCCCAGCCCAGGCUGAGGUGCCACCUGCUGGGGAGAGCAGGGUGCAAGCUGAGUCAGACAAGGCAGGCACUGUCCUCAAGUAACACACCUUCAUGGACGGUCCCCCGCCCCCAGAAGACUUUCCUCAGCUUUGCAUCCUCCCGAAUGUCCUCACACCUGCCUGAUUGGAUACUGGUGACCCCUGGUGAUCACAGUUCUCACUCUAGAUUGGGAGGCUGAUGGUGUGUAAGGUCAGGAGUCCACGGCUCCCAUGGCUGUCCACAGCCCUGCCUUGGCUUCUCUGCUGACCUUUGGAGCCUUGGGCCUUAACGGGUCGUGAAAGAGAUGUGGACUUGGUGCAGUCAGAGCCCCCUGAGCUCCUGGAUCUCUGGGGUAGGAAAACAAGGGAGAAAACCUUGUAGGCAUUUCCUGGGAGGCUCCCCUCUGAGCCACAGAUAGCAGGGAGCAUUAGAAGCCUGGCUUAGCUGUGGCGUGAGUGGGAAUUUAAUGUCUAGGCCUAAUCAGUUUUCUUCUAUCUGGAGGUGAUUCUAAGCAGCGGGCCCAUGAGAAUGGCCUGGACAAGAAGCAGCAGGUUGCCAAUGAGCUCUUGGGUGGAUAGUGGGGCCUUCAGGCACUGUGGGUUCAGGAGCAUCCUGAGGGGCAUGGGGCCUCACCUCAUCCCAGGCACAAGGUUACCCAGACAGGACUGGUGCCAGAGGCUGUUUUUGUCUCACAAGGAGGCUUGCUGUCAUUCACUCUGGGUCUAGAUGAAUUAUUUAUAGAGAGUAAUAGAGGCAGAGGCCCCCUGGAGGGGAUGGGCUGCAUGGUGCGAUGGUUAGGAGCAGGGAAAGGGGGAGCGGCCGAGCCGCACAUCCUGAUAGGAGGGACCCUGGUGCAGGACGUGGGUGAAGGCACUCCUUUUAGGGGUGGGGGAUUCCCAUCCUGCUCACCCUGGGCUGGCCCACACUGUCGGGUUGAUGCCAGUGCGUAUUUGGGGCAUGAAGGAAAGGGACGUAGGGGAUUGGGGGACGACCAGUGGAGGGAUCAGCCCUUUGUUCUCCCCAGUCUGAGAAGCACAACUAAGCCUUAGCCUUGUGACCAGAGCACCGGGAAUACGCCCGUGCCCGGACGGAUGAUGCUGUGGGUGGGGGUGGGAACCAGCGGAAGGCUCCUGUUGUUCAUGAUUCCCAGUUUCGGGGUGUUGCUGUGUGUGUGUGUGUGUGUGUGUGUGGUGAUGGUUAACACUAAUCUGGGUCUGAGUAGAUUCCUUGGCCUUUUGAUAAAGACGUUUUCAUUUGUCGGGGA